GAUGAAUGCUCGUUGUCAAUUUUGUCAGUUCAAUGUUGUUGUGUCAAACUUUUGUUGAUACUACUUUUCGAAUAAAUAGUAAUAAAAAUCAGCAACAAUGCCAACUCAGUUAGUGGGCCAGGACAACCAUGCAAAUGAUGUGCGGGUGAAGACAGUGUACAGCGGUGAUGUGAUGAUCACCUACAUCAAUCACAAUAUCACGCUGGAGGAGUUCACUCAAGAGAUGAUAGCUAUAUGUCGCUUUGCUCCUGAUCAGGUGUUUACAAUGAAGUGGGUGGAUGAAGAAGGUGAUCCUUGCACUAUAUCUACGCAGCUGGAGUUGGACGAGGCAUUGCGGUUGUAUGAGCUGAAUAGGGACUCGGAGCUGACUGUUCACGGUUAG